AAAAACCGAUUUAUUUGAAGAAACAAAAAUCUAGAAAAAUGUCAGAUUCGGAUUCAGAGAAUUUGAGCGAUUUAGAGCAAGAGGAAGCAGUUUCGAUCGAUGGAAGUGAUGUAGAAAAGGAGGAAACAAAGGAACUAAGUGGAGAAUUAAAUGAUAUAGAAGAAACAGACGUUAAAUGGAGUGAUUUGGGCUUAAUUGAUGUAUUGUGUGAAGCAUGUGAAGAUCUAAAAUGGAAAGCACCAACAAAGAUCCAGAAAGAAGCAAUUCCAGUAGCUUUACAAGGCAGAGACAUAAUUGCUUUAGCCGAAACUGGAAGUGGAAAAACAGGAGCAUUCGCAUUGCCUAUUAUUCAAACAUUACUUGAUAAUCCACAAAGAUUUUAUGCGCUAAUAAUGACACCAACAAGAGAAUUGGCAUUUCAAAUUGGUGAACAGUUUGAAGCUCUUGGCAGUUCUGUUGGAAUCAAAUGUGCUGUAAUUGUUGGAGGUAUGGAUAUGGUCUCACAAGCUCUUCAAUUAGCCAAAAAGCCACAUAUAAUUGUAGCAACACCAGGACGUCUUGUGGAUCAUCUUACUCAUACAAAGGGAUUCAAUUUAAAAUCAAUCAAAUAUUUAGUCAUGGAUGAAGCUGAUAGAAUUUUAAACAUGGAUUUUGAAGUUGAAUUAGAUAAGAUCCUUAAAGUCAUUCCACGCGAGCGACGGACAUUCUUAUUCAGUGCCACAAUGACUAAAAAGGUGAAAAAACUCGAAAGAGCAUCACUUAAAGAUCCAGUAAAAGUAGAAGUAUCAAGCAAAUAUCAAACUGUCGAUAAACUCCAACAAUCAUAUAUAUUUUUACCAUCAAGAUAUAAAGAUCUGUAUCUUGUGCACAUUAUUAAUGAUCUAGCUGGAAAUAGCUUCAUCAUAUUCUGUUCAACAUGUCAUGCAACCGUUCGUGUAGCUUUAAUGCUUAGAGCUCUUGGAUUGCAAGCAGUUCCAUUGCAUGGUCAAAUGUCACAAAAUAAGAGAUUAGCAGCGUUAAAUAAGUUUAAGGCAAAGGCACGAUCAAUAUUAAUUUGUACAGAUGUUGCAUCUAGAGGUCUUGAUAUUCCACACGUAGACGUUGUUCUCAACUAUGAUAUUCCAACACACAGCAAGGAUUACAUUCACAGAGUUGGAAGAACAGCCAGAGCAGGUCGAUCAGGAAAAGCUAUAACAAUGGUUACACAAUAUGAUGUUGAAUUAUAUCAAAGGAUAGAGCAUCUUUUAGGAAAGCAAUUAGCAAAGUACGAAGCUGAAGAAGAUGAAGUUAUGGCUUUACAAGAACGAGUUGGAGAGGCACAAAGAACAGCAAAAUUGGAACUGAAAGACAUUGAAGAUAAAAGAGGUUCGAAAACAAGAUUUAAGAACUUUGAUGACGAUGACACAGAACAAUUUAAUGGAGCUAGAAAGAGAAUUAAUGUCGGGAAUGGACCCAAUAAAAAUGGAAAGAAAAAGAAGUUCCAUUAAAUUUUAUGGAUUCAAUUUAAGUUAAAAUAAAAAGGAUAUUUAAAUUUAUAUAAAAUUUUCUU